CAUCUCUUCUUUUUUCCCUUCUCUCUGUUGCCUGACCCUGGUCGCAGUUUAGGAUUCCUUUGCCCCUCUGUUUCUCUCGUUGUUCUUCCCUGUUCUCUUAGUCUCCCUUGGCUUCGCCUCUCAGGUAUAUUAAUCACUCUAUCUUCUUCAUCUGUUUUUCAAUUUCCUCGUUUUCCUUCUCCUUUCCUGAAUUAAUUUGUUAGACGUAUAUCCCAUUAACCCUCAAUUGCUCUUCGCUUUUUAUUCCUUGGUUAAUUUUUCGUCAAAAGUUUUAGGAAAUUUUCUGACUCAUUCAUUCCUCUGGUUGUAUCUGCGCUAUUUUCCAGGGUUUCUUGUCGUGACUUGCUCUUAAUUGAAUUUCGGUUUCAUUGCUUUCGAUUUUUUUUCCCCUUCCAAAUUCUUUUCAUCGGUUUCGACCCGGUAAUUUUUUCCCAAUCCUUUUUCAUCUUCGGGUUUGAUCUUUCAACCCUUGAAUUGAAGUGUAGGAUCCCAUAUUUUUAUGGCAUUUGAAUGCCCAACGAGUACCGAGGUUUCAAAAAAAUUGGUAGAACUUGAGUUAGAUCCCGGCAUUGAGAUAGCUGAGCCAAACCCGCAUACUAACAAAACCGAGAGUGAAGGGAUUGCAAAAUCUGGUAAUAGCAAACCUGAAUAUGUGAGGAUUGACAAUUCUGAAAGAGCAUCGAAGUUUCAAAGUGAUGCUGUGGCUGACUAUUGUCGGUCAUUUGCUGAUCUUCCUCCGGCCUUGAUUUCUGAAAUUCUGAAUUACCUUGAUCCUAAAGAGCUUGGUAUUGUGUCCUGUGUCUCCACAAUUUUCCAUAGACUCGCAUUUGAACACCAUGCUUGGAAGGAAUUCUAUUGUGAGAGGUGGGGACUUCCAACAGUUCCCGCGGUUCUGGAUUCAGGAGUUACAGAUGAGAAGUCAUGGAGGGAGCUUUUCGUGGAAAGGGAGUUUAGGAGUAAGACUUUUAUGGGACGUUAUAGCAUUGAUGUGUUGUAUGGCCAUACUGAGGCGGUUCGGACUGUUUUCCUGUUGGCUUCUGCAAAGCUUAUAUUUACCUCAGGAUAUGAUUCAGUUGUGAGGAUGUGGGACAUGGAGGAUGGAUUAUCUAUUGCAUCAUCAAAACCCCUUGGCUCUACCAUUCGUGCUGUUGCAGCAGAUAGAAGAUUGCUGAUUGCUGGGGGUACUGAUGGGUUCAUUCACUGUUGGAGAGCAGUUGAAGGACUCCCCCAUCUAUUUGAGCUUAGAAGCACACAGAACCAGAACAUUGAGUUUCGACUUUGGGGACAUGGCGGUCCGAUAACUUCACUUGCUUUGGAUUUGACUAGGAUCUAUAGUGGUUCUUGGGACAUGACCGUUCGACUGUGGGAUCGUUAUUCACUGAAAUGCACGCAGGUGCUUAGGCAUAGUGAUUGGGUCUGGGGACUUGUCCCCCAUGAUACUACAGUUGCCAGUUCAUCAGGUUCCGAUGUGUAUAUUUGGGAUACUAAUAAUGGAACUUUGAUGACCAUUAUUCAUAAUGCUCAUGUUGGUAACACUUAUGCUUUGGCACGAAGCCAUACGGGUGACUUCCUUUUUACUGGAGGAGAUGACGGUGCGAUACACAUGUAUGAGAUCAUGAAUGAUCAUGUUGACACCAAAGCUUGGAAAAUUGCUACAUGGAUUCCUCAUACUGGUCCUGUGUAUUCCCUUGCCUUUGAGUUUCCCUGGCUUGUUUCAGCAUCUAGUGACGGCAAGUUGGCUCUUAUUGAUGUAAGAAAACUUUUGCGAACUAGCAAGCAUGCUCUGGGGAAGCAACCUACAAGGGCAAAGCAUUUGCGCCAGAGCACAGUAGAACCCCCACAGAGGAUGCUGCAUGGAUUUAAAAGCAAUCUUUUUUCAGUUGAUUUAGGUGCUGAUCGAAUUGUCUGCGGAGGCGAGGAAGGUGUUGUUAGGAUCUGGAAUUUCACACAAGCUUUGGAAGUUGAGCGCAGAGCCCGUGCUUUAAGGGGGAUGCGAUUAGAAAACAGGAUGCGGCGUCGAAAGCUCCAAGCUGAUGUGAGCAAUAAAAGUGGCAGAAAUGAUCAAUGUUCAGUAGCAGCCAAGAAGAAUUCAGGGACUGGCAUUUGGCCAAAUAAGCGUGGGGUGAGUGGAAAGCUGAAGGCAUAGCAGCGUCUAACAGCAUUACGCUUUUGUUUCUAUUCUCACUUAGUUUUAAUGCGCAUUGGUAGAUACAAUAUUUAAUUUUGUAGCAGUCAUAACUAGAUUUCGAUCCUGUCAGUUUACGAAGUAACAGUUUCUCUGAGACGAUUUCCUUUUCGCCUGAUAGAGACAUGAUUGCUGUAUCAUGUAUCUCUCAGCAUCUGCCUCAUUCUACAGUUUUAAACCUAUGAGUAAUUAGAAAGAAGAAAAUAUUUAAGGG